AUGGCUUCUACUGAGGCGCCUCCCAGGCCUCACGACCGACAUGGCCGCCGACGACCCUUCACUACCUGGAUGCGCCGACUCGCGAACCUCAAGUCUCUCCAUACUGACUCGAAUACCGAGACUGGCGCAAGCUCACGCCGCUACGCAACCCUACCUAUGACCAUCAAGUCCAAGAAGGGCAAUAUCGCGAAGAACAAUCCCUACCCUCUGUCCUCGCGCAUCACCGAGCCUCACAAUCACAGUAGCACGACCAAUGGCCAUCUCUCAUUCUCCACGCACAUGGCAUCGUCCCAGCGAUCUAGACACAGUUCCCUGUCACAGUCCCAAAGCAAACACUCGAUUUCCAUCUCCCACGACAGCCAGACCGGCGGCAACAAGUCAAGAGCUCCCACCCUGGCCACGCAAGCAGAGACUGCUCUCUCAGACGCAGCCCCUUCAGGAGCAGGUACAAGUGCCACGGUUGCUACAAAGACCGAUGGCGGCAGGGACAGCACAUUUUCCUCCCCCGCUCCAUCUAUCCGGUCUAUGGCAACGACCCUGACCACAGUCCAGUCCAUUGCCGCACCGUCACAUAACAACAACAACAACUACAACCACCCCGGCGGGACACCAGUGCUUACGCAUACUUCGACUGCCGCAAGCAACCCCGUUUAUUAUGGCGGACAGCCCGCAACCGCGGUUCCAGCGCAUCUUGCUCCUCACUCGCAUCCGACAACCUACCACUCGGCAAUAGCCAACAAUGUACUCACAGACGACGCCUCAAUCCUCACGCUAGCAUCAUCAUCCAAGCGCCGAAGGAGAAAUUCGGUCGAUACCAAUGCGUCUAUAAAAGCACUUGCCCCGGCGUCCAUGUUUGGCGGGAGUCGCGAGUCCCUCCCAUUAUCAGUGCUGUCUGGCACGGUCAUUCAUCCUAGUGCAACGGCAGAUACAGCGUCUCUUCGCGGGGACGUGGCGCACAACACACGCUCGAACCUGAAUGCCGAACGUGCCAGCCUGAUCUCAGCAAGCGGAGUGACUGCCCCCGCCCUGGCGAGCGAGAGAAACAGUUACAUCGGGAGCAAGUACGGAGGCGGCGAUAGUGCAAGUGUGAGAAGCAAUCUUUUGGGCGCCAGUGGUGGUCAUGGGCGGAAUGACAGCCUCAGUGGUAGCAUAGGCGGCUACAGGGAGAAGGAGCGAGAAAAGGAAAGGGAAAAAGAGAGGGAUCGAGGCAUGGAAAAGGUUGGGGAGUCAGAGAACGAAAACAGCAACAUCCCCGGGGUGGUCACGGCACCGACGAGUCCACUGGUCGAUGGGCAGCGCGACGGCGCGGCUGAGACGGCGUAUACAAGUACCUCGGCGGUGGGGGAAGGAGGCGAAGCGCCGGACCAGGGGAAGGACAAGACUUCGUCGGACGAGAGGUGA